UGUUGACACCCUCUCCGUUCGUUUGUAAAUAUUUCAUAGUUUGGCUGCCUUAAUUUGGAUCGAUGAGCUGUGCUUUUCCCAACUAAACAUCGAUCCGUAGAAUGCCAACUCAGGUUGUCUGUUCAAGUGACACAGUGUCACAGCUCAGAAUAUAUGCAAGGCAGCUUCACACAAUUAUUGAAGAAUACCAAGAACUCAUCAACUCUCAUGUUGUAGAGUUCUUCGUAAAGAAUCGAUGGGAGGUAUUACCGAAGUCCUGGCAAGCAGCUCUUGAUGGCUUACCACCAGAUAUCAUGGCUAAUCAGUUACUAGAUCAUGAGAUGCAUCAGCCGCCGCAGACUGUGUGGCCAUUGUCCCUCUUGGCAUACCGUGCUGCCACACAAGCCCUGGCACUAGACACGGCCCCAACAGCCGGUGAUUCCCUCAGCAUUAAAAUGGACCCAGCCCUGAAACCAAUCGAUCUACUAUGCAGACUACGUGUCAAAGCGAAGAAGAAACAUGAAAUCUUACGCUUAGCCGAGGUGAUCAAUUCUGCAACCAGGAAAGCAGGAACUGAGAGGGUUGUUGAUGUAGGAUCAGGCCAAGGUCAUUUAUCAAGGUUACUCUCCUUUGGUUAUGGUCUCAAGGUCACCGGUAUUGAGGCAGUUGGUGGUCAUUUGACAUGUGCAGCUAAGGUAGACAAGAAAAUAAAGACCAUUAUCCAGAAGAGAAUGGAAAGGCAAUCUGAACAACCCGUUAAGAGUAUCCCCCACACACUUCCGCAGCAUGUAGAAUGCAUGGUUCACCCCCAGAUAACCCCUGAAGAGUUCCUUGAUGUCAUAAACCACCAAUCAGCUGUAAGCAAUGACUCGGACCAGUCCAAGAAGCACAGAAAGGAGGGUGCAGCUCAUUGUGCUGAGGGACAAAACCUUGAGGUCUUGUCACCUGUAGAGAAGUCUACUGAAGCACCUACCAGUCUUGAUCACUUCUUAGAUAUACCUCCACCUUUGGGGCAUCCAGAUCAUGAUCCAACGAAAGAGUCCAGUAAUGCUUGCCUUGAUAUGGCCAAUGAAAGAUCAACGCUUCAUCAGUUGGUGUCAGAGGACAGAGGCUCUGAUGCGUUUGUGCUAGCUGGCCUGCAUACAUGCGGUGACUUGGCCCCAACGAUGUUGAGAGUGUUUUCCAAGUGUCCCCAGGCCCGGGCUCUGACCUCUGUCUCGUGCUGUUACAUGAAGAUGAAAUGUGCGCUACCUGAAGCAGUUCCAUCACCACCCGCAAAUUCCUUGGAACCUGUUCAAAAUGGCGACUUGAGAAAGACGAUCCAUUCAGAUUCUUUGCAAGAAUCCCCCAUACUAACUGAGAACCACGACAGACUGGAAUUUCCAAGAGAAAAAUCAUACUCAGAUAAUAACAGUUCAGUGGAUGAUUAUUCGACACUGAAUUCAAAGGGUUAUCCCAUGAGUAAGUUUGUUCAGAGUCUUGGUGGGAAAAUCAUCAAGUUUACAGCUAUGAAACUAGCCUGCCAUUUCCUUGAAAGCUACUUCAAGCAGUUAAAAGCCUCAGAUGCCAACCUGAUUCUCCAUGGGUAUCGUGCAACCUUAAAAGUCAUCAUAGAUGGCUUUGAUCCCGGGAUGACCCAGUCUUACUCAGGCAUUUUUAGAAUCAAGAAAGCAGUGGCUAGUGUCAGAAAACCCCACCUCAAGACAUUUCAAGAGUAUGCUUCUGGCGUGCUUGGUGCUCUGGGCAUUCCAUGUGAAGACCACCGCCUAGCAGAACUGGAAGAAAUAUGCCGACCGGAAUGGACCAAUGUCAUCACUUUCCAUGUGCUUCGUAGUAUGAUGGGUCCCAUAGUAGAGAGUUUACUAUUGCUGGAUAGGGUCCUCUAUCUCUUUGAUCAAGGUAUAGAGAGCAAACUCGUUCCUGUAUUUGAUGCAAGUAUCUCUCCAAGGAACUUUGCACUGGUGGCGAUAAAGGAUGAUGACCAUUAGCGAAGUUCUACAAGAUGAUAGAUGUUGUCACAAUAGUUAACAAUCUUGAAAUAAUGACUGCUUCUCUGAAUACUGAUGUUUUAUUUUGGUAAGUAUGCCAAAAGUGCAUGCUCCUCCAUGUAUUUUAAUUCAUUACAAGAUUAUAUAAAUUUGUAUGCCCAAAAAUUGGUUAGGAGGUGAAGGAUAUAAAGGAAAGGAUGUGUUUUAUUGGAUAAAUUUUAUAUCAGGAUUCACUCUCACCAUGUGCCUGAUUGGAUUUAAAAUUUAAGGCUAUAAUUUUUUUUAAGCUUGCUUUAAUAUAUUCAGUUGUAAAUUGUGCAAAGUCAAUGCUCAAAGGUUUAUUUUUAAAUGAAGGUAAAAUCAUUAUCAAGAGAGGGUGCUAGAUGCCAAAUUUUAAUUCUGAUGGUUAAAAAAGGAAACAUCAAAUGACCACCAGACUUCUGUAAUAUUGGAAUGUAAGAUGAUGCUCAAGUACAAGGUUGGGCUCAAUUACAGUACUUUCUUCUAUUACAAUUACAAUAUUGAAGAUUUAUUUAAUUACAAUUAAUUUUCAACUAAAUUACAUGUUUUUCAAUUACAAUUACCAAUUACUUUUGUGAAUUACAAUUACUUUCUAUAAAAGUCAUGAAUGAAUUCAAUUUGUAUUGUGUAUGUACUAGCACCACCUAUUUCAAGGUAAUUCUAAGUUACAGAGAAGCUGACAAAAUUAACGUUUAUGUUUAACUAAGGGAAGAAAACGGAUUACAUGUAUGCCUAUUAAAUCAUAAAAUUAAGUACCAGUAAGUUUAUUGUAAAGUAAUUGAAAUUAAUUAAAUGUAAUUAAAGGAAACAAAAACCCAAGAGAAGAAGCAAUCUUAUUGGAAAGAGUAAAAUGAGAGGAACAAUUUAAAACAAGUUUCAUCAAAAUCGGUCGUGAAAUGAGCAAAGUUAUGAACGCUUUAUAAGGUCUUGUUUUACUUUGUAUGGGGAUGUGUAAAUUAGCAAACAUGCUUCAAAAUGGCUGAUUUUGUGGACAACUCUCCACUAUUUUUAGACAUAAUUUUUCAGAUAUUCCCCAUUAUCUUUCAAAUUGCAUAUUGCCUCAUUCUGAGCAUAAUAUAUGCCAUGGAAAACUAUAAUUCACACCACAUAUGUCAGGGUCCAGAGGAAAUGAUGUGAAAUAAAAAUAAAGAGGAAAAUCUGAAAAUUCAUGUACAAACAAAUGGAGGGUUGUCCACAAAAUCAGCCAUUUGAAGAAUGUUUGCCAAUCUGAGGAUACCCAUUGAAAGUAGAACAAGACGUCCAUAACUUGCCUAUUUCAUAACCAGAGCUGCCAACCUGAACAAGGACAUUUCAGUAUCUUCCAUGCUGAAAAUCAGUAUUUUGGUGAGGAAAUUAGUAUUUUCACAGGAAUACCAUAAGACAACACAUACACAGAAACUUU